UUGAAAUGCGUGGUUCAUAUUAAUUUUAUCUGGGACCAAUAAUACAAUCUGUAAUCUUACUCCCAGAUUUUAUUAACAAAACAACUAUUUUAUUUUCAUUUAUAUUAUGACAAAUGCCCUAUUUAUUUUCAGGCACUGCAGCAAAAAAAUUCUCCGUUGUGUACGUCGAGAUUUGUUUAAGGAAGAUGCCAGGUGUUAUUGCUCAGUUAAAGAUUCAGAUGGUGCCAAGGCCAAGGGACAGAAUUUCAGGGAUGUUAUUUUAAGAAAGUGGAUAUCACCUUCUGAGGAAGAAGCAAGGUCAAUGGAGUCGUUGUUCCCAAAUGCAAAAGAGGUAGUUGAAGAAUUAUUCAAGCCUUUUUCAACAGUGCCAACUGAAGCAAACAUUUUCCCUGAUGUAAAAACAACAAAACUUGCAAGAUUGGAUCUCUAUCGCUCAAAACUUCAAUUAGUUUGGCCUGUAAAAACUGAGAUUGUUGGAGUCCACACCAGCAUGGAGACUUCAGUCCAUUAUGCAUACCUCAGAGCCUGCCAUUUCCUACGGACCAUGGGGCUGGUGUGUACAGGCUCAGAACGUGCCCAGGUGUUGGAUAGGCAAUCUGUAGCAGGUUUCCUGGAACACCUUGCAGGGAUGCAGACUCCAGCCCUGAACAACUCGACCAACUUCAACCUUAUACAGUCUAUCCAUCAACGUGAGGAUGACAAUGUGUACUGGUUGUCCACUCUCCAGGUCCAUUGGCCCCUGAGUUUCUCAGUUACAUCGGAGUCCACCAGUCUGGACCUGGCCGCACAUCGGACAUUCAUGCAAGCUGCUGCAAAACUCAAGGCCCUUGGGUUCCUGGACAUAAACAACAAGUUUAAGACAGGAGUUCUGAUUGGUUUACACAGAUAUGAUAAAGCCCAGGAGGAGUUUGUUAUCCGGAACUUUUUGAACCCAGACUAUGAACUAUAUGUCGACGCCUCAGGGAUGGGCAUGGGGGGAUACCUUCUGGCCAAUGACACAGAGCAGAUACACUGGAUAUCCGACAGCUGGUCCAAUGAGCAGCAUGGAUACAAUUUAGUUGAUGCUGAUUCCAAUGUGAAUGAAAUGUAUGCAGUAGUGACAGCAAUAUACACAUGGAAACACAAAUUUGAAGAUAAGAAAGUCCGCUGUCAUUCUGAUAACAUUUUAGCAGUGAACCUUGUAAAUCAUGGCAUUUAUGCGAUAAAAUGGAAAAAGGAGAACUCAAGAAUAGCUAUGUUGCUGGACUUAUAUCUAACUCUUCAGGAAAUGUGUGAAAAGUAUCGAAUAACCUUGGUGGGCACACAUUUACCUGGUAAAGACAACAUGGCAGCCGAUCUCUUGUCCAGAUGUCAUGUGGACAAGUUUAAGGAAAUGGUACCCACAGCUCGCAUGUCACCAAAGAAGUCCAAGAAACUCUGGUUUAGAAAACAUUUAAAGAGAAGAGAAACCAAACCUCUUUCAGAACCCAGUCCAGAAGAAAGUACACCUGGGGAUGAAAACAGUUAAAUAUUUUUCGUCUGUUGAUCUCAUGUCAAAAAUAUAAUUCCAGGUUGUCAUAUUUUUUUAAAGUAUUAUUAAUGCUGAUUUGUUUUGAGAGUACCAUAAUUUUACAAAUUAUGUACAUGUAAAAUUUUAAG